CUUAGAGAAUACCACCAGAAACCAGUACUAAGGUUGUACUAGGAUAUGGAAUAUUGAAUGCUCGUGAAAUACAUGUAUUGUUGCACCAUGUAAUAAGACACAGCCACAAGGAAGCACUUCAUUCAUGAUCAACUACAUCCUGCUAGUAUCACGACAAGUACGCCUUGCAAAAUGGUUCUCCACCAUGCCGCCCAAGCAAAAAGCCAAGAUCGUAAAGGAUGUUACUCAGCUCGUCCUGGCUCGGCGCACGCGAAUGUGUAAUUUCCUGGAAUACAAGGACACCAAGGUCGUAUACCGCCGAUAUGCAUCAUUGUUCUUCGUUUGUGGGAUUGCCUCAGGGGAUAACGAGCUCAUCACGCUGGAGAUUAUUCACCGUUACGUCGAGGUUUUGGACCGGUAUUUUGGAAAUGUAUGCGAGCUGGACCUCAUCUUCAAUUUCCAGAAAGCGUAUGCGAUCCUGGACGAGCUCGUAAUCGCAGGAGAGAUGCAGGAAUCUUCCAAGAAGUCGGUGCUGCGCGUGGUCACACAAUCAGAUAGCGUUGAAGAGCAAGAGUCCUCCGAGGACAUCAUAGGUCGUUUGGGAGCUGUACGCGAUUCAAUUGUUGCACUGAAAGGCAUGACACGGAUAGUUUAUGGAUAGCGGAUGUCCUGAGACGUAUGCGUGGAUAAUACCCAGAGGUAGCGGUAGCGGCAGUGAC